AUGGAGAAGGGAACCUCGACCGGCACCGGCAGCCCGGAGAUCAACCAGCCGCUCCCCGUACACACGGGCGACCUCGAGAGCAACCGGGCUUCUACCCUGAGAGCCAGGGUGCGGACGACGCUCACGAUCCGUGAGGAGGGCGAGAGCGGCCGGAGCGGUAUCCACCCCAUUCCCUUCAUGCGCAUCGUCUUCCAAUCGUCGAGCUGGGCCUCGCGCAUCGUCAACGUCCUGUGGCCCGUCGUCCCCGUCGCCAUCGCCGUCCGCUACGCCGUCCCCGACCAGAACCUCGUCAUCUUCAUCCUCGCUUACCUCGCCAUGAUCCCUUGCGCCAACCUGCUAGGCUUUGCCGGUAACGAGCUUGCGCGCAAGGUGCCCCAUGUCGCGGGUGUCUUGACUGAGACGACACUUGGGUCUUUGACCGAGGUCAUCCUGUUUAUCGUACUAAUCACGCGCGACAACGAUGGCCAUGUCGACUAUAUCCAGGUGAUCAAGGCCGCCAUCCUAGGCUCCGUUCUCGCCACUAUGCUGUUGUGUCUCGGCCUCUGCUUCAUCGCUGGUGGCUUCAAGCGCCACGAGCAAAACUUUAGCGAGGCCGUCAGUGAGGCCGGGAGUGGUUUGUUACUGACUGCGGGGCUCGGCUUGGCUAUUCCGACCGUGUUUAAACACUCACUGACAGAGCGUCUGGCCGAGGUAGACCUACAGAACAAGGCCGUCGAUAUCUCGCGGAGCACGGCCAUUCUGCUCAUGGUGGCGUACCUCAUCUUCAUCUACUUCCAGACGCAGACCCAUCAUGGUAUCUACGAUGCCAUCUUUGUUGGGGAGUCGGCAAACGGCAAGCAUCACAAAAACAACAUGAAGCACCGCCUGACGUUUACCGAGGUGGUAAUUGCACUGGCCGCCUCCAUUGCCCUCGUCGCCAUCAUCUCCAUCAUCCUCGUCGACAAGAUCCAGUUCCUCGUCGAGGACCGACACGUGUCGGACGCCUUUGUCGGCCUGAUCCUCGUGCCGCUUGGCGAAAAGGCGGCCGAGCAUCUGACGGCCAUUGACGAGGCCUACAACAACCAGAUGAACUUUGCCCUCUCGCACGUCCUCGGCGCCACCCUGCAGACGGCCCUCUUCAAUGGGCCUCUGGUCGUCAUCAUCGGCUGGGGCCUCGGCAAGCCCAUGGGCCUCGACUUUGAGAUUUUCGACAUGGUUGUCCUGCUCCUCGCCAUCAUCACCGUCGGCAACUUUCUGAGAGACCAGAAGAGCAACUACCUCGAGGGCUCCCUAUGCGUCAUCGUCUACGUCGCCAUCGCCGUUGCCGCCCUCUACUAUCCCAACCCCGUCCAUGGACCUGCGGCGGCGGCGGAGACAGGCGCCGCCAGCAACGUCACCGUGGAUGUCGAACACCACCGCUUCUAA